AUGAAACUGCUAUUAUGGACCCUGGAAGCGCGGAAGAGCCUCAACAAAGUGAUCGUCCUACUCAAUGCCCUCGAAGAGCAGAAAAAGAAUGUUACUUAUUAUGCCCUGGACUUAAGCUAUCCAGAGCUGGUGUCAACUCUCAAGUCGAUGCCGCCGGGAAGGUAUGCUUACGUCCGUUACGCUGGCCUUCAUGGCACAUUUGAGGAUGGGCUGAAAAGGAUGAAAACAGAUCCCGAAGUUCGAGAACUGCCGCACUAUGUGCUUUUUCUUAGCUCCGCAGUAGGUAACUCCUCCAGAGAAAACGCUGCCAGCUUCUUGGCGAAUGUAGCGGCUACUUCGCUAUCUGCGCAACCCAAUAAGUGCUCAAUUUUAAUUGGAAUUGACUCUUACAAGAUGCCCACCAAGAUCCUACGAGCAUACACAUCGGAAGGUGUAGUACCUUUCACCAUGUCCGGCCUCAAGUACGCGAGCUCAAUUCUGGCGGAGGGCCUAUCGAUUCGACGGGUGUAG